CCCCGACGCCCGGCGACGCCCCGCGCCUCGCCGCCGGUCCUUGGGCUCUCUAGGCGGAUCGGGAAGUGCUCCCGCGUCCGCUGACACCGGGAAGCCGCACGCUUUCCCGGGCGCCCUCCUCGGAGGUGGGAGAAGGAGAAGAUCGCGCCCCGUUCACUGAAAGCGCCAGCGGGCGGAGCGGACACUGAGCGCGGGCAUUGUGUGUGUGUACGCGUGUAGCUUGGGGUCCGCAGCAGGGAGCGCUCGCGGGAGGUCCUGUCCCCGAGGGGCGGAGCGCUGGGCAUCGAGCUCCGGGCUCCGGGUCCCGGCAGAGCCCCAGCCGAGCCCGACCGCUGCCGAGGCGGUCCCGCCGCGCCUGGCGGCCAGGAGAGUGCACUGAAAGAAGGCCGGCAAGCUCUGGUCCCCGCUGUUCCGCUUGGAUUUCGCUUUGGUCCGCGGAUCUGCAGAAGAGAGAGGCUCGAUAGCCGACCCAGGGCGCGCGGGACCUGACCGCCCCGUCGAGGGAAGCUGCGGGGACCUCUGGGCUGUGUGUGCCCGCCGUGUCCCGAGCGCGUCCACUGUCUCCACCGACCCCUCCGGUGCCUGGCCCUCGAGUCCUCACGGCGUGCACCAUGAGCGGCGGCGAAGUGGUCUGCUCAGGAUGGCUCCGCAAGUCCCCUCCGGAGAAGAAGUUGAAGCGUUAUGCAUGGAAGAGAAGGUGGUUUGUGUUGCGCAGUGGCCGUUUGACCGGAGACCCCGAUGUCCUGGAGUAUUACAAAAACGACCACGCCAAGAAACCUAUCCGGAUUAUUGAUUUAAACUUGUGUCAGCAAGUUGAUGCUGGGCUGACGUUCAACAAGAAGGAGUUUGAAAACAGCUACAUCUUCGAUAUCAACACCAUCGACCGGAUUUUCUACUUGGUGGCAGACAGUGAGGAGGACAUGAACAAGUGGGUCCGUUGUAUCUGUGACAUCUGUGGCUUCAACCCCACAGAAGAAGAUCCCGUGAAGCCCCUGGGCAGCUCCUCGCAAGCACCGGUGGAUUCACCUUUCCCUCUGAAUACAGCACCAGCCUCCGCCCAGCUGGAAGCCUCUUCCUCGGCAGCACUACCUCCUUCUUACCAGCUCAUCAGCCUCCCGCCACACCAGGACACUCUAGGCCUCCAGGAUGACCCCCAGGACUACCUCCUGUUGAUCAACUGUCAAAGCAAGAAGCCUGAACCCACCAGAACCCACGCUGACUCUGCAAAGCCCACCCCUUCCGAGACAGACUGCAAUGACAACGUCCCUUCCCAUAAGACCCCUGCUUCCUCCCAGAGCAAACACGGAAUGAACGGCUUUUUUCAGCAGCAAAUGCUGUAUGACUGCCCGCCAUCCCGAGCUCCAUCCGUCUCUGUAGACUCCAGCCUCUAUAACCUGCCCAGAAGUUACUCCCAUGACGUGUUACCAAAGGAGUCUCCGUCAAGCACUGAAGCAGACGGAGAGCUGUACAUCUUUAAUACCCUGUCUGGGGCUUCAAGUGUGGAAGCUCAGAUGAGACAUGUAUCUAUCAGUUACGACAUUCCGCCUACCCCUGGGAACACUUACCAGAUUCCACGGACAUUUCCAGAAAGCACCUUGGGACAGUCAUCAAAGCUGGACACCAUUCCUGAUAUCCCCCCACCUCGGCCACCAAAGCCACAUCCAGCUCAUGACCGGUCUCCUGUGGAAACGAGCGGCGCCCCACGCGCAGCUUCAGACAGCGAUAGCAGUUACUGUAUUCCCGCAGCGGGCGUGCCGCCAUCCCGGAGUAAUACCAUUUCCACCGUGGAUUUGAACAAGCUACGGAAAGAUGCUAGUUCUCAAGACUGCUAUGAUAUUCCACGAACCUUUCCAAGUGAUAGAUCUAGUUCCCUGGAAGGCUUCCAUAGCCAGUCUAAAAUCAAAACUGUGUUGACAGUGGGCAGUGUCUCGGGUGAAGAGCCGGAUGAAAACUAUGUCCCCAUGAACCCCAACUCACCACCACGACAAUCCAGCAGCUUUACGGAGCCAACUCAGGAACCAAAUUAUGUGCCAAUGACCCCUGGGACCUUCGAUUUUUCUUCAUUUGGGAUGCAAGUCCCUCCUCCCGCUCAUUUGGGCUUCAGGUCCAGCCCAAAGACCCCUCCCAGGAGGCCAGUUCCUGUUGCUGACUGUGAACCACCCCCAGUGGAUAGGAACCUCAAGCCAGACAGAAAAGGUCAGAGUCCUAAAAUUUUAAGACCCAAACCCCAUGGUUUAGAGCGAACUGAUUCACAAACCAUAGCUGACUUUGCUACAAGAAGAAAGGCCAAGCCAGCACCUCUGGAAAUAAAGCCACUGCCAGAGUGGGAAGAGCUGCAAGCCCCAGUCAGAUCUCCCAUCACCAGGAGCUUCGCUCGGGACUCCUCUAGAUUCCCCUUGUCCCCUCGGCCGGAUUCUGUGCACAGCACGACGUCCAGCAGCGACUCUCACGACAGUGAGGAGAACUACGUCCCCAUGAACCCAAACUUGUCCAGCGAAGAUUCCAAUCUCUUCGGCAGUAACAGCCUUGACGGAGGGAGCAGCCCCAUGGUCAAGCCCAAAGGAGAUAAACAAGUGGAAUAUCUAGAUCUAGACCUAGAUUCUGGGAAGUCCACGCCACCGCGGAAGCAAAAGAGCAGUGGAUCGGGCAGCAGCAUGGCCGACGAGAGGGUGGAUUACGUUGUGGUGGACCAGCAGAAGACUCUGGCUCUGAAGAGCACCCGGGAAGCCUGGACGGAUGGCAGGCAGUCGACAGAAUCGGAAACUCCCACCAAAAGCGUGAAGUGAAGAUACACCAUUGCCACUGCCAAACAGUGGGAACUGAGGAACAGACAGACGCCAAGCGGAGGCGACGACGAUUCUACACUCAGUAGAAGCUCAAGCAAGCAAGGAUGGAGAAAAGGACCACUCAGACGUGGUCAAGCAAAUUAGAUUGUAAAUGGUGCUGUGUGGUAUUGGAUUUGUAACGUGUAAAUAAUGUGGGGGAAAUAGUGUUGUAGUUCUCACAGAAACAUCUGUCCCUAGCUAACAUGCCUGUAGUAUUAACUAUAGUGAUGCACUUUUUCAUUGACCAUGUUGGUUUGGGUCUUCCCAAUAUACCCUAACAGAUUCCCUUGGGUCUUCCCAAUAUACCCUAACAGAUUCCCUUGGGU